GUUUGUUCUCAGCAGCUCUGAGUGAGUUAUAGAGCAGAAGGCGCAUAGGACUAGCUGUCUGCUGCGACUAUAUAGAUCUUUAUCUGCUCAGCUGGAGAGUGUGUGUCUCUGAUACUGCCGUCAAUUCAGGGAAGCCAAGUGAAUUGAUCUGACUAAGCAACAUGUGGGCUGCACGCCCACAAAAUGAGCAGGCUUGCCCUGCUCAAGGGGCUAACUGCUGAGCAUGCUGGGUAAAGCUCCACCCACUACCAGUAGCCUCAACCUGGUGAAGUCAGAGGUGUCUGACACCACAGCGACCCCGGACGCACACGACGGCAUCACCAUGGCCGAACUUGUGGAGAGCCUGGAUACCAGAGAGCUGGACAUGGGGGAGGGAGAGGAGAACGAUUACGAUGGAAACUACUUAGGGGACUGUCGUAUCCCAUUUUCAGCGGUGUAUGCCACCGUGGGCUUUAAGGAGGCCAACGCUAAGGUCUACCUUCCCACUGUGCCCAUUACUGCCCGCAUACUGGAGGUGGAGAGAUUCACCACCGCGCAAGACCGCUUCAACCUGUCGCACCAAAGGAGCGUCAACAAGUCUCUGCCGGCAGUGUUUAAGAUUGAGCUGAAGCAUGGUGAAUUUACCUGGGUGGUCAAGAGGAAGGAGAAACAUUUCAUGGAGCUGCAUAGAGAGCUGAGGACGUACAAGACCUUCAUGAGGAUACCGCUGCCGUCACGCAGCCACACAGUGAGGAGAAGGACGGUGAGGAAGAGUGAGGUGAGGGAGAUGCCCUCCCUGCCGAGGGGGGGAGGAGACGAGCUGGUUCGAGAUGAGCAGGUCUCCAGCAGGAGGAGACAAUUAGAAGACUAUAUGAACAAGCUGCUGAAGAUGUCCAUGUACCGCAAAUAUCACCAUACUAUGGAGUUCAUUGACAUCAGCCAGCUGUCUUUCAUUCAUGACUUGGGGCCCAAAGGACUGGAAGGGAUGAUCUAUAAGCGCUCAGGUGGACAUCGGAUCCCAGGGAUGAACUGCUGUGGUCAAAGCCAGGCCUGCUACCGCUGGUCUAAACGCUGGCUGGUGGUGAAGGACUCCUGCCUUCUGUACAUAAAGCCAGACUCGGGGGCCAUCUCCUUUGUUCUGCUGGUGGAUAAAGAUUUCAGCAUCAAGAUGGACUCUAAAGACACAGAGACCAAACAUGGAGUCCGGGUUGACAGCCUCUCCAGGACCCUGGUGUUUAAGUGCAGCAGCUACAGACACGCGCGCUGGUGGGGUCAGAGCAUCGAGAGCUUCGUGAGGAAUCAUGGGAAGGCUUUCCUCCGAGAUCACCGCUGUGGCUCAUUUGCACAGGAGCAGGAAAACAUCCCAGCCAAAUGGUACGUGAAUGGAAAGACUUACAUGGAGGAUGUGGCUGAUGCUUUGGAGGAGGCCAAAGAGGAAAUCUUUAUCACUGACUGGUGGCUGAGUCCAGAGAUCUUCUUGAAGAGACCUGUAGUGGAGGGGAACAGGUGGAGACUAGACUGUACCCUCAAACGCAAAGCUCAACAGGGAGUGCGCGUCUUUGUGAUGUUAUAUAAGGAGGUGGAGCUCGCCCUGGGCAUCAACUCGGGCUACAGCAAGAGGACCCUCUUGCACUUGCACCCCAACAUCAAGGUAAUGCGUCAUCCAGACCAUGUUUCCUCCUCAGUCUAUCUGUGGGCGCAUCACGAGAAGAUUGUUGUCAUUGACCAAUCAGUGGCCUUCGUGGGCGGGAUCGACCUGGCGUAUGGUCGCUGGGACGACAGAGAGCACCGGCUGACGGAUGUCGGCAGCGUGACACGCUCUGUGGCCCUGGAGCAGGCUGGCUCCACUAACACUCCGUCCAGUAAGGGCGUGUCCUCCGUUGAUGGCGUCUCCAAGAGCAAUGGGCGAGGGACGCCGCCCAGUGAGCCCGUGGACUUGCCCAAGCUGAAAGGGAUAGGGCGCAGUAGGAAGGCUCGCUUCAGUCUGUACAGACAUCUGCACAAACACACUGUGCAGCACGCAGACAGCGUCAGCAGCGUCGACAGCGCAGGGAGUGGUUCAGUGCAAAGCCUAAAGACAGGGGUUGGAGAGUUGCAGGGAAACACACGCUUCUGGCAUGGAAAAGACUACUGCAACUUUGUCUACAAGGACUGGAUCCAGUUGGAGAAACCUUUUGAUGACUUCAUCGACAGGUACACCACUCCCAGAAUGCCUUGGCAUGACAUUGCCUCCGUGGUUCAUGGCAGGGCUGCUCGGGAUGUGGCCAGGCACUUUAUUCAGCGCUGGAACUUCACUAAGAUCAUGAAGCCAAAGUAUCGCUCUCUGUCUUAUCCGUUCCUGCUGCCUAAGUCUCACUCCACUGCCAAUGACGUCCAAUACCAAGUCCCGGACUGUGUCAAUGCCAAAGUGCAGGUGUUGCGGUCUGCAGCAGAUUGGUCAGCAGGCAUAAAGUACCACGAGGAGUCCAUCCACACUGCCUACAUCCAGGUCAUCGCUAAGAGCAAACACUACAUAUACAUAGAGAACCAGUUCUUCAUCAGUUGUGCCGACAACAAGACGGUGUACAACAAGAUUGGAGACGCCAUCAUAGAAAGGAUCAUCAGAGCGUACAAGGAGGGUAAGAAGUACCGUGUGUAUGUGGUCACCCCCCUGCUUCCUGGCUUUGAGGGGGACAUCACCACAGGAGGAGGGAACGCUAUUCAGGCUGUUAUGCACUUCAACUACAGAACCAUGAUCAGAGGAGAAUGCUCAAUCAUCUCCCAGCUGAAAAAGGAGAUGGAUGACCAUUGGAUGAACUACAUCUCCUUUGCUGGCCUGAGAACUCAUGCUGAGCUGGAGGGACGCCUGGUCACAGAGCUCAUCUACGUGCACAGCAAGAUGCUCAUCGCUGACGACAACACAGUCAUCAUCGGUUCUGCUAACAUCAACGACAGAAGCAUGCUGGGUAAACGUGACAGCGAAGUGGCUGUGAUUGUUGAGGACUCCGAAAAGGUGGCUUCAAUGAUGGAUGGACAGGAGUAUGAAGCUGGGCCCUAUGCACUUCAGCUUCGCCUUGAAUGCUUCAGGACUAUACUUGGAGGUCACAUUGACACCAGUAUUGACCUGUCUGAUCCCAUCAGUGAUCGCUUCUAUAAGGAGGUGUGGAUGACCACUGCUGGCCGCAACGCCACCAUUUAUGAGAAGGUAUUUCGCUGCCUUCCUUCGUCUCUGGUGAGGAACAUGUCCGAGCUGGAGCAUUACCAGUCCAAACCGGGUUUGGCCCACACCGACCUGGGCCGCGCUCAAGAGGAGCUGCGCAAAAUCCGAGGCUUCCUGGUCCAGUUUCCUCUGGACUUCCUGUCUGAGGAGAACCUCAUGCCCUCUGUUGGAACAAAGGAAUCCAUGGUCCCAACUGAGAUCUGGACAUAAAAGUAUCUGCCAUUUCUGCCAGCCACUGGAACAUUGGAUUUUAAUUAUUUCUUAAGCAUCUUCCAGGGAAGUAUCUGGAUUGUGGUUGUCAUCAAAUGAGAAAUAUUGGAUUAUUGGAGAGGUUGACUUUUUUAUCCAGAGAUGAGUCUCCUCUGGACUGAUGUGACUGCUGCGCAUUGACAAAUCUCUCAAAUCUGUUUCUACUGAAAAACACUAAACUGUAGUUACAGCUUAUUUGGGUAAGCAUUAACACCUUUGGGGUGUACAGGAUGAAGAACAAAAAGAUAUUGCACUUGCAGAUAUUGCAGGACAACAUUUAUGACUGCAUUCAGGCUGUGGAGAUGGAAAACAGGCACAUGAACUCUGGGUUUUGGGAAUCAACUCAACUCUGCACUAUUAGACCUUUUGGACUGUUGGUAAAGCCAAAAAAGACAGUGAGGAUUUUGGAGGAACCAGGGUGAGCCGGUCGUACAUUUUUGGACAAUGACACUAAUAAAUAGUUGGCUCAUUCAACUUCCCAACAUUCAACUCAACAGAGAUAGUGAUGCAUGUGAUUUACUGAGUUUGUGGUGCAUGCUCAGACGAUGUAUUAGUGCUGUGUACGCUGUUCAUGAGCUCACAGAGGACUUGGUGAGCUGCUUCAAAUGAGUUUAAAAGCUAGUCAUCUCAGAUGCAUCUUAAGGAUCUUUUCUGUAACACAAAUUUAUACGUAGAGAAAGUGACACAUUACUUGGAGGCUAUCUAAUUAUUUUAAUUACUGUGGAUUUUAGUUAUGAUCGUCAGUUGACAUGUCUUUGGCAAGCAGUUUUACAAUGUGCCACUCAGUCCACAACGUUUUCUCAGGUGCCAAAUUAUACUCUGAAAUGAACACAUUGUGUUGAAUACUUUGAUACCUGCAGAUGAUGUAAAGGGUUGUGAAAGGAUUGUUAACAGGUAUGUCUUUUUUGUGUUGACAAGCCAUGUAUUCAGAGUAGGCACCAAGUAACUCCACACUCUCUCUCACUAAUUUACAGAUCUGGUCUCUCAUGGCAUUGCUUGUAUUUCCCUUAAAUUAAGUGGCGUAUAGUGGGAUUGGAGGUCCAGAAACCCUGAAAAUAUUGGUUGUUUUAUUGGCAAAGCAAGAAUUAUUGUUUCCACUCACAAUGGAUUCACCUCAUUCAGUGAAACCAGUUGUACAAUGUAUUGUGUGACUCUGAAGCAGGCUUUGCAAAGUUGAGUAGAAGUAGGAAAUAAGUACUCAAAAUCAAUCUCUGCCUUUGUGAGCAACACUAAAUUGCUGGAGUACCAGUAACACAAAAUCUAAUGUAUUUGUCCAGGAAGGACAGAGUAACCGAUGUCCAAUGAAGUCCAAUCCAAGAGCCCUUCAAUACCUUUCGUAACACUUCUAUUUGGACAGUGUUUGUAGUAGUUGUAAUGGACAAAUCCAACACAUGCGUUAGCUCAUUACUGUGCAGCACAUGUACAGAGACAAUUUUACAACAGUGGUGCAUGAUUUUACUAACAGUGCUCAAAUCAUGUUAACACUAUUGCUAUAAUGCAUGUACCAAUCACAUCUCUGAAAAGAAACCCUCCUUAUUCCUGUUAAAUGUGUUUUGCGACAGAUACUUAUUAGACACGAGGUCUGAACUUUACUGCUGAUCCAGGUACAGAGCUGUUUCAGUUCAGUUACAUCGUACUGUGUUCAGAGGGGUGAGUAGAAAAUGAUUAUGGCUGAGAUGAUCAAAGGCUUGUGGUAAAUAAUGUCCGAGGCUGGAUGAGACAAUCGGCCCCCAAAUUCAAAUGAGUAAUUUCCUCUUUGCUCAGCAGAUGGUGCUAGCUUCUUAAAAACAGUUUGAGUUCAGAGAGCCCAAUAGCUGUGUGCCUGCAGUCUAUUUUUCUCAGUCUUAAAUCAACGGUUUUCUAUUAAGUGAAGAAAUACAGUACGGUGUUUUGCAACAAUGUAAACAAUGAAAAAUACUAAAAAAUAUUUUUCAUAUAGCAUGCAACUGAAAACUGUCAUUUGAAGACUACAGUUUGAAAUCGCUUGUUACGUUCCCAGUUUACUGGCAGUUCCAGUGGUUUUCUUUCUGAAGCUUUUUACUCCGAGUGGACAUGAAUGCUCCUCUAUUGUACUGUAAUGUAACACAGCCUGUUUCUGGCAAAAGGUAUGUGAGCUACAGUAUGGAGCAAUUGUUGUAAAUUUGUACUUGUGGAUAUAUGGGAAUUUUUUUUUUAAAUAUUUGUCACAGUGUCUUGUUUGAUUACCAGCCGGCUCUAAAUGUGAAGUUAAAGAACCACGCCUUCAUAAUCCAUUUUUUUUCAGUUAUUGUGACAUAUGCUUUAACAUGCCAAAGCAAAUAAUUGGUUUAUGACCUGCUCUAAGGCAUUGGAACAAGACUGGCUGGCAUAGAUACUGCCAGUAAGAGGAGUCCUGAUAAUCAACCAAACAAAUGGAUUCAUUUUACAGAGAACCUUGGUAUUCUCAUAAAUAGGCUGCACACCCUGUAAUGAUAACAUACAUAACACACCCGACAUGUGAAUCACUGGCAUUUAUUUAACAGAAGCAGACAGUAACUGCAUCGUAUGGGAUCCGAUAAUGAAAUACUGAUUUUUUAUUUAGUUUUUAAAUAAUGGGACCAGGAAUAUGAAUGUUAACUGAAGUGAUGAUGAAUGAACACAUGACAGCCUUUAUCUUGACAAAGACAAACCGUUUAGUUUUUCGGUUUGUGCUGAUUUGGACGUCACUUUAUUGUUUACCAGAGCUGUAUUUGUCAUUGCCUUAUCAAUGUAAUAUGAAUCAUUGAACAUUCUUUAAACGUGUAUUUUGUUUCUUUUAUUACAGCACGCUAGUAUGGAUGGUUGUGGAUUUGUGACUAAACCUAUGUUUCUUUAUUGUAACCAUCACCAGCAGUCUUUCCCGUCAACUUUCUGUAAGCCUUGGCCUCAGCUCAGCUGAUCUUGCUUCCACAGUUUAUGUACAAUACUUUUUUUUGUACAAUUGAAAGAAUUCCUAGUUUCUGUCUGUUCAUGUAACACAGUGUAACUCAAUAAUUUCAAUGGCUAACAAAUAAAAUGAAUGUUCUU